CCUCCCUCGUCUUUAAAAGGUCCGGUUCUGGAUCUGGUCUCAGUUCUUCUGUUGAUUAAAGUUUGAAGAUGAAAACUCAGAUCGUCCUGAUUCUACUUCUGCUGCCGCUGUGCUCAGGGCAGAACUACAUUGAGUGCUAUGGUCAAGAUUUUUUGUCGGUCAACAACCUGCUCCUGCAGUGCUCCGGCCCCAAACCCCAGGCCUGUUACACACGAGACUCGGGGGAGAAGGGCUGCACGGAGCUGAAGAACUGCCUCAGGCCCGGAUGGACCUGCUGCAAAACCAACCGCUGCAACCAAUGAGAGAAGAGGAGGGGUUUAAACUGACCAAUGAGAGGAGAGGAGGGGUUUAAACUGACCAAUGAGAGAGAAAUAGAGUUUCAGCCACUCAGAAGAGUUUUGUGUAAUCAUUAAAUAAAAGUGUCAAACCUG